AUGACCGACGACAUCGACAUCUCGCGCCUUAGCAUCUCUUCCUCCAGCAUGUCCCAUCUCCCACCUUCCCCAACUUACCCCCUCCCUCCGGGCCCAUACAAACCGCUCGACCCGGGCCAGCCACCCUUCAUGCCCAACGCGGUCAAUACCAAUCUCGCCAAUUAUCGACUGCCGCCCUUACCUGAUCUGGGUGUGCCGCCACUGCCGCUGAUAGAGGAUGUUGAGCUGGAACGGCAGGUGUUUACGCAUUCGAGCUGGGUGCAAAAGGCGAGAAAGGCGACGAGUAUGGAGACUGAGGAGAGGAUAGAAGAUAAUGAGAAGUUGGAGCAUGUGGGGGAUAGCUUGAUCAAUGUCACGACGACGCUUCUGCUGCAUCAGCUGUACCCAAAUCUUCAGGUCGGAGGAGCUACUAUGCUGAAAGGCCACCUCGUAUCAAACCUCUCCCUCUCCCAGCUCUCCAAGCACUACGGUCUCCCCCAACGUAUCAUCGCCUCCGCCUCUGAAGUAUGGAACCUCCGCGCAGGCGAGAAGAUCCAAGCAAACCUAUUCGAAGCCUACGUCGCGGCACUAUACCUCUCUUACCUCCUCCCUACCGCGUCCGCCUCCUCUCCUUCUGCCACGGUAUCCUCCGACGCAUACUGCGAUGCCGAAGGCCGCGCCUUCGCUCGUUUAGGCUACUGGCUCAAACCCCUUUUCGCUCCCCUCUGCCACUGGCUCCUCGCCGAGAUAAAGUCGGAACAGCGCCGCCUGGACGAUCAGUCGAGCGGAGCCAAUGCCGAUUCGCAUCUGGAUCAACUGGCGUCCGGGGCGCUGGCGAGGUUGAAUGAGCACAUGACAAAGUAUCACAAGACCGCGCCGCAGUAUACGAGCAGUAGGGCGGGGACGGACGCGUGGACGACGCAGUGUAUCGUGCAUGAUAAGGAUGGGAAGAUGUAUUCACAUGAGGCAACGAGAUCAACCAAGAAGAUCGGGCAGAACAUUGCGGCGUACAAGGUGUGUCAGGAGAUGGGCCUGUAG